AUGCUAAAGAAAGUUAAAUAAGAAAGGGUCGAAAAGUAAAGUUGUCAAUUAGAUUAGUAGCAAAAUAAGCCAAGAUUCAAAGAAGGAGACUCUAAAAUGGAUUGUCCCAUUAAAGAUUCUGAAAAUAGUGAAUUAAAAACAAAUACAAAUAUAUAUAAUCUUCAAUAUCAAAAAGUUAUGGAAUAAAUUAAACAAAUUUAUUAAGAGUAGAGCACAGCACAAGCAAAUAAGAAUAUGGCUAAGGUAGAACAAGGCAAAUUGAAAAAAGAUAAAAUAGAAAGUAAAAUUGUUAGCAAAACUAGAAAAAAGUAAGUGCAAGAAAAACCUGUGAAUCAAGCUAAAGUGAACACCAAAUAAUAGUUGGAGGAACAAAAGGAUAGAUUAUAAAUGAAAUUCACUUAAAUAACCACAAACUUCUUAAAUAAACUAAAAUCAGAAUUUGAAAAAGUUGAAAUGGAUUUAUAAGCAUUAUUAAAUAAUUGA